CGGAGCCUCCUCCCCGCCCCGCGCAGCGCCGCCGCCCGCCCCGGACCCGGCCGCGGCCGCGGGGAGGGCGGUGCUGUGCUGCGCCGCGCCGCGCCAUGGCCGCCCCCGGCUACUUGGGAUGGGACUUCAGCACCCAGCAGCUGAAAGUCAUUGCUAUUGAUGAACAGCUGAGAGUCAUUUAUGAGGACAGCAUUCAAUUUGAUAAUGACCUUCCGGAAUUUAGGACUCAAGGUGGAGCCUAUGUUCACAGUGACAGACUAACAGUCACUUCUCCUGUGCUGAUGUGGGUCAAGGCUCUGGAUAUGAUUUUGGAAAAGAUGAAGUCUUCUGGAUUUAAUUUCUCUCAAGUGAGAGCCUUGUCUGGUGCUGGUCAGCAACAUGGGAGUGUGUAUUGGAAAAAAGGAAGUGCUGAAAUUUUAAAGAAUGCAUCAUCUGAACUGCCUUUGCAUCAUACACUGAAGGAUUGUUUUUCUGUUGGUAACAGCCCCAUCUGGAUGGAUUCUAGUACAGCUUCCCAGUGCAGCUCUCUGGAAAAAGCCGUUGGAGGAGCACAACAUCUAGCUAAUAUCACUGGUUCUCGAGCCUAUGAGCGUUUUACAGGAAACCAGAUAGCAAAGAUUUACAGCCAGAAUCCUGAGGUCUACAUGCAAACUGAGAGAAUCUCUUUGGUUAGUAGUUUUGCAGCUUCCCUUUUUCUAGGUGCUUAUGCACCCAUCGAUUACAGUGAUGGUUCUGGGAUGAAUUUGCUGGAGAUUUGUGAAAAGGUAUGGUCAGGGUCUUGCCUUGACGCUUGUGCACCUGGAUUAGCGGAGAAACUAGGAUGCCCUGUGCCAUCCCACUCAGUCCUGGGGCCCAUUUCUCCUUAUUAUAUUAAACGUUACGGGUUUAGCCCAGACUGUAAAAUAGUAGCAUUUACAGGAGACAAUCCAGCAUCUUUGGCAGGGAUGAGACUUCAAGAAGGAGAUAUUGCAAUUAGCCUUGGCACAAGUGACACAUUGUUUCUUUGGAUCCAAGAACCAACUCCUGCCUUAGAAGGUCAUAUCCUCUGCAACCCUGUUGACUCUCAAGCCUAUAUGGCACUUUUAUGUUUUAAGAACGGCUCUCUGAUGAGAGAGAGGAUCAGAGAUGACUGUGCUUCAGGCUCCUGGGAUGAAUUCUCCAAAGCCCUAACGUCUACUGUUGCUGGAAACAAUGGAAACUUGGGUUUCUACUUUGAUGUGAUGGAAAUUACUCCUGAAGCUGUUGGGAUUCACAGAUUCAACAGAGACAACCAAAAGGUUUCAGACUUUCCAAAGGAGGUGGAGAUACGAGCAUUGAUCGAAGGGCAGUUCAUGGCCAAGAGGAUUCAUGCUGAAAAGCUGGGAUAUAAAGUCAUGCCGAGAACAAGGAUUUUGGCUACCGGUGGUGCAUCCCAUAAUAAAAAGAUCCUACAGGUCCUGUCUGACGUGUUCAACGCACCAGUGUACACUAUCGAUACCGCCAACUCCGCUUGUUUAGGAAGUGCUUACAGAGCAAUUCAUGGGCUUGUGGCUGAGACCGGUGUGUCCUUGGCUGAUGUUGUGAAAUUAGCACCAGAACCGAGACUGGCUGUUACACCAACCACCGGGGUUGAAGAGUGGGAAAAAUGCUCCUGGAACCACUUAGGAGGAGUUGUCCAAGGUUCUGUAAACGCAAUUCAGUCAUGAGAAAUGUGGAGAAUAAUCUUUCACAAACACAACUGGCUCUAUCGUCCACUUCUGAAGAGAUAUGCAGAGCUUGAACAGAAGGUGAUCUACAACCCAACCUCUUGUCUGGCGAAGUAACAAGCAAACAAAAUUUAUAAGUCAGCUGAAGAGUGGAUUGCCAAGGAGAAGAUCGGAAGAGAUUUGAUCAGAAUUUACUGGAGUUGUUUAAAGCAUUCUGUUGCAUUUUGUGUCUUAAAAUAGUAUGACCAAUAAUUUUUAAAUGACUGUUUUUGAGGAUGUUGGAGGAAAAGUUACUUGAAGAUUGAAAAUCUGAUUAAAAAGCAUCACAUUGUUCUGUG